AUGUUCUAAAAUGAGUCUUAAGAGUUAUCAUGUGCUUAAAAGGCAUAAGUAUUGAGAAAGUUAGGCGCUGAUUCGGAUGUUGAUCUUGGAAUAAUGCUUUAUAAUUAGAUAUUAUUUGGUAUACUGGUAUUUAUCAUUAUUUUUGUGGGAUUGGUUCUAUUUUGCAGAGAGAAAAACAGAGAAGAGCCCAGAUCUAUUAAAACAGAGAGAAGAUAGGUGAUAGAGAGACAAUCGAAUAUCAAUAAACUGCUUAAUGGCAGAAGAGGGACCAAUUAGUCAGUAAAGCAUUAAUCAACAGACUCGAACAAGCCAGUCAAAAUCUCAUAGGUAUUUGAAUCUGGAUUAUUUAGCAAGGAAAACAGAAUUUUUAGAGAGUUGAAAGAAGAGCACAAAUCAGCUGUGUCGAAAAACACAGAAAGCAUUAAUGAAGAUUCCUAUGAAUAGCUUUCUAAAUUUGGCUCCAGAUCUCUAACUCAGACCCUCAAAAAGUAAUCUGCUAAAUGA